CGCGCGCGCGGGGCGGAGCCGCUGCUCCUCCCCCUCCUCCCAUCACCCGCCCCUUCCCCAUCCCCAUCCCCCUCCCCCCGGCUCUGCGCGUGGGGCGGCUCGCGGAAUUGGUGAGGGAAGAGCUUGCUUUCAAUGAAAUACUUAUCAAGUGUUGAGGAACAAGUCAGGAAACCAGUCAAAAGCUAAUGUCAUCAGAAACGCCAACAGAAAGUCCAGAGAUGCCAACAGAAAAUACCAUGUCUCCUGAAGUUCCUGAUGUGGAAGGAAAGGUGAAGUCAAGUGAGAGUUCGGUAGAGAGACGGGAGGCAGGCUCAGACAAGGAAGAAUGCCUUGAGCCCAUGUCCAAGAGGCAAAGGAAGAAGCUGUUGAAGCAGAAACAGUGGGAAGAACAGAAAGAUCUACGGAGGUUUAAAGCAGUAGUCACAGGCUACUCCAUCUGCAUAUGAAGAAGCUAUAAAGAGAGUGGCUGUUAAAGUUGCUGUCUCCGAAAUUUGAUCUCCCAACUGCCUGCUCCCAUCAGGGGAACAGAGGGAAGAAACAUUUGUUUCAGAAGCCUUUUGAAAAACUUGAAACAGAAGGCAGAAACGAAAAGAAAAACGCCAGAAGAGAAAACUAGAACGUCAGUCAAAAUCAGACUCCAAUAGUGAAGUGAAUGACAGAAAGCGUAUGCGAAGGGAAGUUGUUCCUAGUACGCUUCGCCUCAUUGUGGACUGCAGCUUUGAUGACCUGAUGGUGCUAAAGCUUCUGACUGGCUCAUGGUAAAGCAUUUUGUGGUGGUCUGUCUGAAGGACUAUGUAAAAACAAAUUGUGUUGUAUACAGGAUGUUAAGAAGCUUCACAAGCAAAUUCAGAGAUGUUAUGCAGAAAACCGCAAAGCAUUUCAUCCUGUGCAGUUUUACUUGACCAGCCAUGGGGGACAGUUGAAGAGCAACAUGAAUGAAAAUGACAAAGGAUGGGUGAACUGGAAGGUGAAUAUUAGGCUAUUUCUGUAAAAAGAGAAAAAGGAGUCUUGAUUAUAGCUGCGAACUAGGUUUUUAGUUGUGAAGGACCUGUGCUUUUUCCGUGUGCUUCAUCAGAGCAAUAGCAUAUUAGAAAUAGUGUGGCUCUUUGUGCUUUUAAAUAAGCCAAAGACUGCUUGUCUUGAAUUAGUUUGUUUUUUUGCUUGAAAAACUCCACACACAUCCAUUUUCACCUGUUUAUAUUGAACAGAUUCCAUUUUCUGAUAGACUAAGCAAGACUACUUGCUUUAGGCAGUUCUGAGAGUCAUCUGUCUUGACAGUGCUCUUUUUUUCUUGGCGAAAAAUAAGACUUUGAAGUCAUGAUGCAAUUCUCUUGUGUGCACCUUCACUUCCAUUAUGUUGCCUCUCAACACUGAAGUGUUCUUUAGAGAAUUAGCUUGUCUUAUGGUCAAACUCAUGUUGGUUUUCCUUGCAACUCUCUAUUAAACCACUAUUCCAACAACCUCAAAUGAAGAGCACUUUGCAAAAUAAAAACAGUUCUACUUUCAGCAUGUCUUGUGUGAUAGCUGCUUUGCAAAAGCAUAGCGUAAACCUCUCAUAGUUAACAUUACUUGUUUGAUAAGCAUUUACUUCUGGUUUCACUUUUUUUAGAAAGGUGAACUUGAAAAUAUAGGAGAAAUAUGGUAGCAUUUGAAGGGAAUCACAAGAACUUAAGGAUUUGUAAAGUCUUUUGGGGGUUUCAGAAAAUUUCCUGAUGAUUUUUACAAGUCGGUGCUAUAGGGACUGUGGAUGAUUUAUGCAGAAAUCAAUCUGCGCUGUGCUACGUACUUAAACAUGGAUGAGGGAUGUGGAAUGACUGCAUGCUAUUGUAUUUAUUUUUGCUGGUUCCAUCUUGGGUCUGUAAAGCUUGCCCAGCAAUUCAUAAGUUGACUGUAACUUCUUUCAAAUACCUUUUUUUGAGGAUAUCCAAAUUAGAACAGAGCACUAUAGUGAGCUAAUAAAGAAAGAAGACCUAGUAUAUCUUACCUCAGAUUCCCCGGACAUUCUCAGUGACCUUGAUGAGAAGAAAGCCUAUGUGAUUGGAGGACUGGUGGAUCACAAUCACCACAAGGGAAUUACUUACAAAAAAGCUGUAGAGCAGGGAAUUGGUCAUGCACAGCUUCCACUUGGAAACUUUGUCAAGAUGAACAGUCGUAAAGUGUUAGCUGUCAAUCAUGGUUAUUAAAUGCAAAGCAGCAGUAAUGUGGGAACCCAAUAAACCAUUUUCUAUUGAGGAAGUAGAAGUUGCCCCACCGAAAGCACAUGAAGUUCGCAUAAAGAUCGUGGCCACAGGGAUCUGUCGCUCUGAUGACCAUGUGAUAACUGGUGGACUGGUUAUGCCUUUUCCAAUCAUUCUUGGGCAUGAAGCAGCUGGUGUUGUGGAGAGUGUUGGGCAGGGAGUAACUUCGAUCAAACCAGGAGACAAGGUUAUUCCACUCUUUGUUCCACAGUGUGGGGAGUGCAACAGUUGCUUAAACACCAAGGGUAAUCUGUGCAGUAAAAAUGACAUUGGUUCAGGUUCUGGAUUAAUGCCUGAUGGCACCACUAGAUUCACCUGUAAAGGAAAAGCAAUUCACCAUUUUAUCGGUACCAGUACCUUCACUGAAUACACAGUAGUGCAUGAAUUGUCUGUAGCCAAAAUCGAUUCUGCUGCUCCUCUGGAAAAAGUUUGUCUAAUUGGCUGUGGAUUUUCAACCGGUUAUGGGGCUGCUGUGCAGACUGCCAAGGUGGAACCAGGCUCCACCUGCGCCAUCUUUGGCCUGGGAGGAGUUGGCCUCUCUGUUGUCAUGGGCUGCAAGGCAGCUGGAGCUUCGCGCAUCAUUGCCGUUGAUAUCAAUAGCGACAAGUUUGCCAAGGCCAAGGAGCUGGGAGCCACCGACUGUGUCAACCCUAAAGAUUUCAAGAAGCCUGUUCACGAAGUGUUGAUUGAAAUGACCGGCCAUGGUGUGGACUACUCCUUUGAGGUCAUUGGCUGUACCGAAACCAUGACUGCAGCCUUGGCCUGUUGCCAAUACAACUACGGAGUCAGUGUGAUUGUGGGGGUGCCCCCUGCAGCACAAAAGAUCACUUUUGACCCCAUGCUCCUCUUCACUGGUCGCACCUGGAAAGGGUCUGUCUUUGGAGGCUGGAAGAGUAAAGAGUCAGUCCCUAAACUGGUUGCUGACUACAUGAAGAAAAAAUUUGUUCUGGAACCAUUAAUAACCCACACACUUCCUUUCACUAAAAUCAAUGAAGGAUUUGAUUUGCUAAGGACCGGGAAGAGUAUUCGCAGUGUCCUGGUGCUCUAGGAUUCCCCAUUGUUGAGCAGCAGAUGGCUCACCACCAGUACGAACUUCAUUAUCCUCCAGGACAACUGAUAUGAAAUACAAACCAAGACAUUUCUGAAGGGCCUCCCACCACCCCCCUUGAAUAAAAGGAUCAAGCUCAAACCCCAGACUUCAAGCACAGCGUUUAUAAAUGAAAUAAUCUUUUUCCUCCUACCUCUUUUUCAUGAUUCUUGCUUUAAAUCCUCUGUAUUGUGCUGCAAUUUUCUUUUGAUAGCCAGUUAUGAAUUAGAGGACUUGCUGCUGUCACAGGUGUUAUGAAAAGUUUGGAAUUUUUAAAAUGGCCUUUAAUAUGCAGUCUCUUAAUAAAAGAAAAAUGAAGGAAA